UGAUGGAUUCCCUGCGCCUGAGUGGGUCCGCGACGUGCAGCCGGCCUAGUCUUCCCGUUGGUGCCUCAGGCUGCAACUGUUUUCGUGUGAGAACCAACAUCCAGCAGUUUCGGUGAUUGGGCCACCCUUUGAGCGAAAAGAGUACAUGUAAGAAAAUACUCUAGGUAGAUAAAGGGGUAUAACUUGGAUCAAAUGAGUGCAGUGUCGUAGCAUUUAGUUGUCCUACCUACUGCUACGAAGAGUAGCUGUAAUUUGGAAAUCAAUGGUUACUUCAUGUUGCUAUCACUGGCAUCUGUUGGCAGAUAUCCGGUUCCCCAAAUAUCUGCUACCAUCGCGAUAUUCUUCUGGUAUCUGCUACUAUAGCCAUGUUCCUCUAGUAUCUGGUAUUCUCAUCAUUAAUGCCAUUUUUCCUGCUACAGGUAGUACAUGGAUAUUUUUGCAUGUGCCUUGGAGCGUUACCAGGGUGGAGCCGGGAGCUUCAAGGUGACCUCAACAUCAGAGAAUCACGUCUUGUGCAAUGGAGCACUCUUUGUUAGGCUAGCUGCAGGAGUUUGCCUUGUUGAUACUAUCUCCAUGCUCUGAAAUUGCCCAAUGGCCGAGUUACUCGCAAAAUUAAUGUAGCAUCUUGCACAAAUCUUGCUUCUUGGAUUGAGGUGCUUCAUCGAGGUGUGCAUAGCUCCUUGUUGAGCAUCUACCUGGUUCUUCUAACCAUUUGCCUGACUUCCGUGAUACAUUUUGCUCAUUUUUUUUUUGUUCCUUCAUUUUAACCACGCCCAAAAAUUAGGACCAAUGAGGGUUCUCUUAAGCGCUCUCAUGGUAGUAGUAAAAGUCCAUCUCCCAUUCCUUUUUUUCAUCUGU